AUGCUCCGUUUUGUGGAUUAUGUUGUUCUUGUUGGAUAUGACUUUGAAAAAUCAGUUGGUGGUGAAAGCGAAGGACGUAUUUUACAAAGAUUUCCUUCAAAAUGUUGGGACGAUUAUCCUUACAACUUCAAAAUCGAGACAUUCUGUCAACCUUGUGGCUGGUAUCUUAGUCGGAGCAAACCAGCACCAACAUUCUUUGUUGCUUACUUGACAGAUAUUGCUGGAAAUCCAUAUUUCGCUGCCUGUCUUACUUUUCACGAGGCUGUAUCACCUAGUCAACUACUAAAAUUUAAAAAUCCUUAUAAUACUAUUCAUAGCAGAGUAAGAGCUUCAGGGAAUGAGUUGAAUCGUUAUCCUCAUAAUGGACCUAUAGAUGGGUCAUUUGUAAAUAAAAAAGGCUUUCUUAUUUCUAAUUUUGCUUGUCAAUCUGAAAAUUAUCCCUUAACUUCUCGUAUCAGCGUAACCAGUUUGGAUAGCAAUACUAGUUCACCGUUAAGUUCAGCGAUCGGUGUACACGAUCAGUCGAUAAACCAUUCUGGUCUCAGGUCGAUAUAUGAUGCAGGUGAUCCAAAUCUAGUACGUCCACCGGAAUUUUAUGCACCAAAGUGUUUGGUUUUCCUUGCUCGUCAUCAACACUUUGAUGUGUUGAAGAAUAGUCUGAGCUUAUUGUACACUGUCUUCGCCGAUUCAUUACGUCAGUACUCUGUUGAACAAAUGAUUGCGACAGUACUUGGCGGUGUAGAAGUUCCACCAACAGGUGGUCCACGUGUUACUUUCAGUUUAGGCACUGGUGAUCGUCAGAUAAUUCAACCGGCUCAUUGUAGUACUAUACCUGUUACGCGUAACUGUGUAGCUUCGUUGUUCAAACAUUUAGGAAUACAUAAUGUGAUUUUACUCUUCACUGCAGUUCUAAGUGAUCAAAAAGUUCUUGUCUGUUCACGCAGUUUAAACCGGCUGACAGAGGCAUGUCAUGCGUUAACAUCUAUCCUGUAUCCCUUAAAAUAUGGGCAUACAUAUGUUCCUAUACUUCCUAAAUCGUUAAUUGAAUUUGUCAAUGCACCAACUCCAUUCCUCUAUGGUAUUCAUUCAUCUUAUCAACAUUUACUGCCUGAUAUGGUUGAUGUAUUUGUCGCCGACUUGGAUGGAGGGAGUGUGGCAUGUCCUGAGAAUAUUCCUAUACCUCAACUGCCUGAUCCUUAUUUUACUGAAGUUGUUGAAAAUUUAUUUCAGAUUUUAAGUCCAGAAUUAAUGUCAGCUGAUCAUGUAUAUCCGCCAAAUACUACUACUAGUACUAGUACUGGUACUACUACAACUACUGCCUCUAAUCAAUCGAAUGAUUUAAUAAUACAAGAUAAAAAAUUACGUGCUGUAUUCCUUCGUCUAUUCGCCUCCUUAUUCGCUGGUUAUCGUUCGUGUCUGACAAUUACACGGAUUCAUCCACAACCAGUGAUCCACUUCAAUCGAACGUUAUACUUACUACUACGUGGGAAUAGUGCACACAAUGAAUUCUGUGAUCGUCUUUUAUCCAGUAUGCGUUUUCAUCAAUUCAUCUUGGAACGUGGUCCACCAUUUCGUGUUUGUGAUUUAUUCGAUGAAGAGUACAACUUGUAUGCUGAUAGUUAUUCACUAGGUGGUGAUAGUACACUGGCAAUGAAUGAUAAAGAACAUGAUUAUGAUAUGCUGAUGAAUAAUCAUCAAUCUGUGUUAACUGGUGGUGGUGGUGGUGGAUUAUCCCCAGUCACUUCUAGUCUACACUUGAUUGAACGAUUGAGUACAAAAUUGUUGGAUAAUGAAUGUGGUGACCAGCCAGCAACACAAAUCCUGCCCGAUGAAGCUGUUGAAGCCCACAAACGUAUUCAUCAAACACCAUUUCCUGUUUUAGAUGCUAAACUCAUCGAUGAGUUAACAGUUCAGUAUUCUCAAAAGAAAGUCAAGAAUGUUAUUUAUCAUAAACCUGAACCACGCUUUGUACCCCAGGGACAACAAUUGGAUAGGCAAAUAUUUAAAGCUGAAAUGUUUCCGGAUAAAUAUCGAGUUAUUCAUGAAUUUGUCGAGGAUAUCUUCAAUCAGCAUAUUACAGAAGCUUUAAAACGACGGAAUACAAUUCGUCAAGAUUUAAAAUCUCGACCAAUGCGACGUCUAUUUGUCGAUGAAUUACGUCGUUAUCUAGUCCCAGAGACUUCAUCAGCAGGAGGAACAUCUAUGUCACCAAGUGAAGCAAUCAAUGAUUUUAUUGUUGGGAAUAUGGUAAUCGAUAGAAAUGUUUAUGAUAAACGAGCUGUAUUAACCUGGGAACAAUUUGAGCUAAUUGUUGAUUUAUUAGACGAAGCAUUAAGACAAGAAACACAAUCCAGAGAUAGUGGAAUUACUCCGAUAAUUAUGGAUUUAAGCACCAGACUGUGUACUGAACUAGAGAAUGUUCGUUAUUAUGCUAAUAUGAGUCAUCAAAUUCAACAUCAUGAUAUCUGGCGUCAUAUGCCAUUUUGGGAGAGUGUUUUCAACGAACAAGUUAACAAUCAGAUACGUUUGUUAUAUAUUGAUUUUUCUGAAGAAGAACUGAAAUCUCAUAAACAGCAACAACAGCAAUCCAACCAAAAUCAUGUCGGAAAUCUGCCUAAUGGUCAUGCAUCAUCAACAACAACAAGCAAUGGUAUUAGAAAACAGUGUAAAAGUCCAUCGUCUCCUGAGAAGGAUGGUAUAUCCAUCGUCAUUGUUGGACGUAAUGGUAAUCAGAAAUCAUCUAAUAUCACAGUUCAACAACAAAUUUAUACAUCAAAUAUGUCAUCGCUAGAAAUAGCUGCUGAAGAAAUGCGUAUCGGUAAUACACGUCCACGUGAAAUACAACAGGCUUUAGAAACCCGUGAAGAAAGUACUCUCUAUGCUCAGAUUAUACAUUUUAUCAAUUUGAUUGUUAACUUUCGUAUACCUGUACAUAUUGGUGCUGCUGUAGCAGAUUUAUAUAGUGAAGAAGCACAGAAUAAUGAUUCCUCGCUGCACAUGCCUUUACGUAACGAUACUACAACAGAUCAUAAUAGGCUGUCAUCAUCCUAUGGAGGCGGUAAUAAUAAUAACAGAAUGUCAAGCGACAGUAAUACAAGACGUCAACAAUCCUCUCGUAGUCUGUCAACAAAUGAUCCACCAGCAACUAAUCAAAUGAAUAAUGCUCUUCAGUUUAUGUCACAGAAUGAAGGAUUUGUUAAAGGCAAUAGUUCGUAUUAUAUGGAUAAUUAUUCAAAUAGUGUACUAACUGCAGAAGGAUUUUAUAGCAGUCGGUAUAGUACUCAAAAUUUCAAUGAAAUGAAUCCAGCCACUCUACUCAGUCAUAUUAAUGUUUUAGAAAAUUGGUUAUUGAAAUUUGUUAAAAAUGUCGGUGAAGAGAAUAAUCUUCUACGGAAACGUAUUAAUGAGAUUGAAGGCAAAAUUAAAGCUAUUAUUGAAAGUCAUCUAAUAAAUUUGCAAGCUAUUUAUCCAAAAGUACAAAAUAUUCCACAUAUGAAGAAGCCUGAAAUAGCUAAUCCAGUUCUACUGCCAGGUGAAAUUGCCAUACCAAUCGGUGGUUAUGAUUGUUUAUCCUGUCAACUGCUACCAGAUGGACGUUAUGAACGUAAUGACUAUCAGUUAUUAGAUCCUUUCACAAAUAUCAUGCCUAAUUCUGCUUCUACUACUAAUGGUGUUAAUAGUAGUGAUAACUUGGCAGAUAAUAAUAACAAUAACAACAAUAACAGUAAACAAGAUUCAGUUGGAAAUAAUGAAACAGGCGAUAUAGAAGUGGAUAUUAUGCUCAGGCCAUUAUUACCUGCUCAAGGUGCAUUAUUCAUUACAAAUUAUCGAAUAAUAUUUACUGGUGUACCAAAAGAUCCAUUUCAAUCUAACAAAGUGAUCAAUCGAAGUUUUCCGAUCUCUGCGCUGAGUGGCAUAAAAAAACUCGGAUGUGUUCAAAUGAUUACAGCCUUCCCGUCAUCAUCAUUAGCUAAUCCAGCUGCACUGACAACAAUGACACCUAUUUCUGGUUUUCGUUCAGCAACAUUAUUUGUUAGUAAUAAAAAGUUGAAAGCGAAUACAAUGCAGUCGAAGAGUUCAUCACAAAAAUAUCUAUCAUCCUCAGGAGCAGCAUCACGUACCGCGUAUACAACAGCAGCAGCAGCAGCAGCGGCAGCGACAACAACAACCACUACAAGUCGUCAUGGUGUAAUGUAUCGUACAGAGAAUUUAGAUGUUAUUCUACUGCGUGCAUUAACUUUUCAAAUGCUGAAAAUUGGUUUCGAUAUCGGUGAAGUACAACAAGAGACAAGAGAUGAAUUACGCAGUCUCCUUGAAGAUCUACGUUAUCCAUCUAUGCUUUGUAUGGGAUUUAAUUCAGCUCCCUUGGGUUUAAUUCUAUCAAGAAAUAGCAGUAGUGUAGAUCUACAUUCAGCUGGUAUGCAAGGCAGUGAAUCGCAUAAUAAUAAUAAAGCGUCUAUGCCACAUGGAUUGUUACGUAUGCGGCAUUUGAAGAGUAAAACGAAUCGAAACAGUGUAUUCGGUGAUUCAAGCUAUUCUGCAAGCAUGGAUCGAGAUCGCAGACGAACAUAUAAUACCCCACAAUCUGUUAACACAGAUAGUACUGUUCGCUCACCUCCAUUGUCUCCUCGUUCCCCUAGAAGUGGUCGUUAUAAUCAAGUAAAUUAUCUGCCCACUUCAAAUUUCCCUAAUUGUAUACUUGCUGAAGAAGCAAUCUCCAAUUUAACAGCCACACUGAAAGCCUAUUUAAUACCUCCAUCUAUAUCAGCCUCAUCAACAGCUGCUACCCUGAUUGAUCCAAAACUUAUGAAAUUACUAACAGAAUCAGUAGGCUAUUUAGAUAUGGUGCGUUUCUGUAGUAAUGUCAGUGCAAAUACUGCUAGCAUGACAAUGGCUGCAACACCAACAUCACCAGUGAACUAUUCUGCAGGAUUAAACGACGGCAACGGUUCACUGAAUCGAUCUAUAUCUGGUAGAGCUGGAAGCAGUAUCGGCAGUCGAGUGUAUUGUUCUGCUCGUCUUGUUGCAUUUAAUGUUCAUCAUACUAUAGUGAAAUCUUAUCCAAGCUUUUUUAUUAUACCACAGGGUAUUAGUCAGAACUGUUUAACUAAAGUGGCUCGUUCACAUAAACGAGGUCGUUUCCCUGUGGUCACUUGGCAACAUCCUGAGACUGGUGCCUACCUGUUACGUGGUAGUGAAAUGCAGUCAAAUAUUAUUUUGAAUACAUUUAAAAAUAUUAAAACUGCCUCGAAAGGUAGUACUGGUGAUAAUGUCGAUGAUGCUGUUGAUACUACAGGUUCACAUGCAACUGUCUCUAAAGAACAUAUACGCUAUAUACGUGCACUAGUUGAUAUGUCAUUAUCAGCUAUGAAUAAUAGUCGACCGAGUAGUGUCAUCACUUCAGAGACUGAUCAUUUACUACCAAGGGAGCAUAACACUAUGAAUCAUCCUGUUACUGCUAAUGUUGUUUCAAAUGUGACUAACAAUAAAACAAGAUCUUUAGGAAGAAUUGGAAUGUUUGCUGCACGUCGUCGUUUAACACGUUCAGGACUUUCUCCAAUGGGUAGUAUUGCCUCUGGUAUUGAUGAUGUCAUCAGUAUGGAUAGUGUUGCAUCACAGAAUAAUAUCCCACCACAGCAUCCAAAUCAUCCGGCGCAUGAUACAGCUUCUGUUCUAGGCACCGCUGGUGUUGCUGGUAGUUGUUUGCCGGGUGGUGUCAUCAAUAGGCCAAUCUCUUUGUAUAUAUUAUGUGAAAAACAAAUGACUAAGAUGUCAAAAAUAUUCAAUUCAUCGUCUGUUCUCCUAUCACCAAUCGAUUAUCCGAGUGCAUCAACUGUGACUAGAUGUUUCAAAGGAUUUUUCAAAGCUUGUCUACCGAAUGAUUCGAAUAGGUCGAAAUCGGCGACAAAACUUCUGUCUGCAGCAGCUACCACCGCUGGUGUAUCGCUGGAUCAUGCCUCUAAUACAACUGGAAAUAGUGCCACAAUAGGAUCACAUUUCACGCAUACCAGUCAUCAUAGCCAACAGCUUAACAAUAAUAAUAACAAUAACAGCAACAGUGGGGAGAAUGUGGAGUCAGAGACUGUUUCAACAGCAGCUGCGACAAACAUUAAUAAUGCCAAGUUAAUGAAUGUAUUCACAGAAGCUCAUGAAAAUGGUUGGUUCACCUAUAUGAAGUCGUUAUUGGAACUGGCUGGAACAGUGGUAGAUUUAUUAGAUCUACAAGGGGCUAGUGUAGCACUGUGUCUGGAGAAUGGCAGUGAUGUUGUAACUCAAAUUGUAUCACUUGUACAAGUUAUGCUUGAUCCUUACUAUCGGACAAUAGCAGGAUUUUGGAGUUUAAUUGACAAAGAAUGGCUAAUAUUUGGGCAUACAUUUAAUCAAAAUUUAAAUCAAACUUCAUCAACAAAAUCUGGCAGUAUAUCACCGAUUUUCUUACAGUUUCUUGACGCUGUCCACCAACUGUUAAGACAAUUCCCGUUAGCCUUUGAAUUCAAUGAUUAUUAUUUACGCUUUUUAGCCUAUCAUCAUAUAUCGAAUCGUUUUCAUAAUUUUAAAUAUGAUUCAGAAUUUGAACGAUUCACAGUUUGGUUUCCUGAUCUAAUGGAGAGUUUAGCGAAUAAUUGUAAAUUUAGUACAAGUAUUGUAACAAAAAUAGAUGAUCACCAAUUGGAAUUGUAUCGUUCCCGAUCGAUAUGGCCGUUUAUUCAACAACAACACUAUGAAUGGCCGGUAUUCUUCAAUUUCCGGUAUUCACGUAAACUUGGAGAAAAGGUUCUUAGACCAGCGACAAAUAUGGCCUCAUUUGACUUGUGGCAAUUUUAUUUAACUGAAGAUUUAGCCUGUGGACCAAUCUAUGAUCUGGAUCAUUUUUCACCGAGCUACCGUAAAAGUACUAAUCGUCCAUAUGAACCUGUACUACGACAAGGAUUUAAUAACAGUCAUAUAGAACAAACAUAUGCUGUUUUAGGAUUACGUGAAGGUGAAGAAGCCAUCGGUUGGCAAGAGACAUGGGAACAAGCUCAAUCUGAAAUACUCAGUCCAUAUUCUCCUCUAUCUCCUCCAACGAAACAUUUAAGUAAUCAAAAUAAAAAACCAAUCAAAAAUAUCCGACCAAUUACAAACACUACCGGUCCUGCUGCUGCUACUGCUGUCGCUACUACUAAUAGUUCCAUGAGUAGUAUGCACCCAACAAAUAAUACUGUUACCUCUAAUGGUGGUAACACAAGACAUGGUGUUAAAGCUUUGAAUAAAUUCUCCCCGUUGCCAUCACGUUUUGGAGAAUAUAGAGAAGGCAGUGAGCCAACUGAAGGUGCUGUACAUCGGAAAUUAAUGAAAUCUGAUCAUGAUGACUAUGAUGCCAUGGGUAGUGGUGCUAGACGACGAGCAAUGUCCAGUAGUGUGAUAGACAUAAAUCCUGGUAAAGAUACCUUUCAGUCAUCAAUGACUACGUCUACAUCAACCGCUUAUCAAACGAAUGAUGAUAUCACUCAGACUACAACGUUGACACCUCAAGGUGUCGGCAGUAGUGAGGGGGAUUUGUUAUGCUCUUCAGAGAAUAAUACUGUCAGUCCAUUACACAUGUCUGAAUCGAAUGUGAAUGAUCCGUCAUCACCGCAUAUUAUUAUUGUAAAAGACCUGUCAAUUGAAAAGGAUGAUCAAAGUCAAUUGAACAGAAAGCCUAAUUCAACUGUCCCAAAACGAACUGGUAAAGAUUUAUCAAAAGUAACCAAUGGCAAUGAUUCAAAAUACUAUGGUGUUACAAAUGGUUCGCCGAGCAGGAAUGGUGUCAGUGGAAAGACAAACAUGUUUAAGAGUAGUAGUAACCAUAAUCUACCGGGAUGUGAACAGAUUUCAGAAGAUGAAGCAUUUCAUGAAGGCAAUGAUGAUUUAUUAUACGGUGAUCGAUAUGAUUCCGUGGAUGAAUCAUCAUUGGAUAAUGAUAAUCAUUUUACACGUCAUGCUAUUUUAGAAUAUCAUAGAACAGCUACACUGAAGAGGUUAACACGUCGUGCAGGCGGUGGUGGUGGUGGCGCCGGCGGUGCGCAGCAUACUCAUCAUGAUUACAAGUUGAGCAAUGGAUUGACGCCUAGUUAUCGAAAUAUUAUUAUUGAAUACGAAUCGGAUAGUGUAACCAGCAUUGGAACUGGUGCUGGCAAUAUCAAUUCACCUGUACAAGAUGAACCACGAGUGCAUAAAUUCACUUCAUCACGAAUAAAUACCAAUCCUAAUCUUUCAUGUGAAUUAUGCCAGAAAAAAUGUCAAUCCAUAGAUAAUGUUGUCAAAUGCAUUGAAUGUGAUCUCUUCUGUCAUGAAAAGUGUUCAUCACUUGACUCAAAGUGUUUUCCUACACAUAUGCUGAUUAGUAGUCCUCGUCAAGGUGAUACAGACAAAAAUGGACAUGGAUUAUUGAAACGACAUGACUCGGCCUAUUUACCAAGUGAACUGGAUAGCUACAAGAAGGCUAAUCAUCAGUAUGCUGUUGAUGGUGUUGAUGAUGAUCGAGGAAGAUCUGCUCCAGCGUUUGGUAUUACCGGUAGUGGUGGUGGUGGGAGUGGUUUAUUCAGUCCAACUCUACCUUGGCGCGGGGAACGUGAUCAUUCAUUUCGAUCUUCAUUAGUUUUAAUACAAGAUACUCGUGGAAAACGUAAGCUAAGUGAAAGUUCUUCAUCUGUAGCUCAGACUAAUACCCUGUCGGAUACUCAAUCUCAAAGUGGAAGAAGUUUAUCUGGUGGUGGUGGAACAGAAUUACCAAAACACUUAGCUUCAGCAUCCUACUAUGGUUAUUUGUAUAAAUUAGGUCAUCGUAAAUUUCUGCAACAAUGGAAACAACGAUUGUUCGCACUGGAUACAAAUCGACAUCAGUUGAAAUAUUAUGAAAGUUAUGCCAACUCGUCACCACGCGGGUGUAUUGAUUUACAAGAUGUUAGAUGUGUGAGAAUUGUUCGAAAUUUCGCCCACCAGCGUAAAUCAACAUCGUUUGUUGUAUUCGAAUUGGAAACGACCAGUCGAACCUACAGACUUGGUGCUAUCAAUCAAGAAAUUGCUAUGCAAUGGAUUGAACGUAUACAGAAAACUAUUCAAUGA